AUGUCACUCGUCUCGGGAGAGAAGUCGAACUUUCAGUUCAUCCUUCGUCUCCUCAAUACCAACGUCGACGGCAAGCAGAAGAUCAUGUACGCCCUCACCAAAAUCAAGGGUGUGGGUCGUCGCUACUCCAACCUGGUGUGCAAGAAGGCCGACGUUGACUUGAGCAAACGGGCUGGUGAUAUUACCUCCGAAGAGCUCGAGCGUAUUGUCACCAUCAUACAAAAUCCAACACAGUACAAGAUACCAACAUGGUUCCUCAACCGACAGCGCGAUAUUGUGGAUGGCAAGGACAGUCAGGUCUUGGCUAAUGGAAUGGAGAGCAAGCUUCGUGAGGAUUUGGAACGGUUGAAGAAGAUUCGUGCACAUAGAGGUCUGAGACAUUAUUGGGGUUUAAGAGUCCGUGGACAACAUUCAAAGACGACUGGCAGGAGAGGACGGACUGUUGGUGUGUCGAAGAAGAAGGGUUAG